GCGGCUGCCGCCAUCAAGAAGGUCUCUGGUGCUGGAGAUGACUAUUACCGUAUUCUAGGUAUAGAAAAAAGUGCGAAUGAUGUCGAGAUCAAGAAGGCAUACCGGAAAUUGGCUUUGCAGCUGCAUCCUGACAAAUGCAAAGACGAUGGGGCAGAGGAGGCUUUCAAGAGGGUGGGCGAAGCUUUCUCCGUGCUCAGUGACACGGAGAAGAGGCAAAGAUAUGAUCAAUAUGGAGUGGAUGCUGUAAAAGGCGGAGGUUCGGCGUCGCCGGGUUUUUCGCCGGAAGACAUCUUUGAAGCCUUUUUCGCAGGCGGCAUGCCUGGAAUGCGCGCAGAAUUUGGCGGUGGGCGGAACUUUGUAAGGACCGGCCCUGGAACUUUCGUCUUCACUUCCGGAGGUCCAGGAGGUUUUUCCUUUUCGACUUCGCAUCCAGGUAUGAGAAGAAGAACCCGAGCACAAGAGUCAGAAGAGGAGGACUCAGGCAGUGCUACUGACAGUUUGCCGUCCUGGAUCGCUCCCUUGCAAGCCGUCGCCGGCGCAUUAGGUCCUCUGCUUCCUAUUGUCGUGGUUUUUGGCUUCAUGUUCCUCAUGUCGGUCAUGUCUUUCAUAGUGCAGCUCCUCAUGUCCAAAGCACUGUUCGUUCUCCCGGUGAUGUACCUCACGGAGGGCAGAAGCAAGAUAUUCUUGCUUGGUGGAGUCCUCCUUGCGUCUAUGGUGGGCCUCAUCUGA